AUGCCGCUGCGGCAGCGCUGGGAGCGUAUUUCGGAACGGAAUGGGAGCGCUCGGAGCGGUGUUCACCACGACAAAACUGCAAUGUGAUCUUCCUGCAGGCUUCUUGGCGGGAACCGGGAACCCGCGGGAACCACAGGGUUAUGACCAAAACAAAACAGUGCUACCAACUAGCAUUUGUUAACAGCCAUUUAGACUAACACAAAAAAUAGACAGUUCUAACACUUCCCCUUUAGGAUAACAUAUCCCCCCCCUAUAAGUCUCCUGCAGGCGGUUACCACGAGUGCUUUCCAUUCGCGUUCGGCUCAGUUAACCCACGGUCGACCGUAGUUUACGUUGGUGCUUUUCUUUCGCUAGCGCCGCAGCAGCACGCAGCAGCGCAUACGAGAAGGCUUCGCCUAGCAGACUACCGUUCUGAUUUGUUUGACAUCACCUGAAAGUCCCGAGUUGAAAUGCGAAUUUCUCUAAUUGUCGGCUUUUGCAGUAUAUUUUCGUUCUUUUAUAAGUUGCCGAACGAAGAAGUUACAAUCUGAAUCCUGUAUAUUUUUGUGAUGGACUUUGACCGGAAUGACAUUAUGGAGAAUGCGGGAGACCGUGGAGCCUUACAAUUCCUCAUGUCCGACAGCAGUAGUAGCAGCAGUUCUGAUAGCAGCUCAGCUUCAAGUGGUUCCGAUAACUUUGAGCUUUUUGAUUCUAGUAAUGCAUCAGAGGAAGAGAAUGAAGAUGAGGAAAUGGUUCAGAUGUUUGCAGCUUAUGAAGAGGUUUUGUUUGGUGCCCCUCAAGCAAGAGUUGAACAGUAUCUUGAAGUUGUUCGUGAGAAAACUGAUGAACAAUUUCGAAAACACUUCAGACUUCAUCGCCAUGUGGCUUAUGAGCUGAUCGAUGAGCUGGAUGCCAGUGGGUUCAUCCCUAACCACCCUGGAGGAAAGGAGAAGAAAAGCGCAGAGCUAAGUUUCUUGAUGUUUCUCUGGUUUGUGAGCAAAGACUCUACUCACAUAGAUGCUGCCGAAAUGUUUGGAUGUGGUGAAACAACAGUUUUCAGAAUUGUGAGAAGAGUUACAGAAUGGAUUCUAACUAUUAUGCCUGAGCAUGUCAUUUGGCCCCAGGGCCCAAAUAUCCAACAAACUGAGGAGGAAUUUUUCCUUAAAGCACAAGUUCCCAAGUGUAUUGGCGCUAUUGAUGGUUCUCACAUUGGUAUUGAAAGACCUGAGUUCUACGGUGCAGUUUAUUGGUGCCGCAAGGAAAAGUAUUCUAUUCUUCUACAGGCUGUUGUGGAUGCUCGUAUGUUGUUCACAAAUCUGCAUUGUGGAGAUCCUGGUUCUUACCAUGACAUACGAAUGUUACGAAGAUCAGAACUGUACGCAGCAGCAGAGCGUCAGCUUGGGGAUCUUUUCCCUGAUAAAACUUUCCUUUUGGGGGACAAAGGAUAUGUUGGUGUGGGUAAGAAAUGGAUUGUCACACCUUUCAAGGACUACGGCAAUCUUUCAGCAGAGCAGUCAGAUUUCAAUACACGAGUUUCGGUAACUCGUGUUCUUGUAGAACAAGCCUUUGGUAUCUUAAAGGCUCGUUUCAGGUAUUUAAGAUGUACUAUGAGACUGAGGGAUGUUCAUUUUGCUGCCAGAUUAGUUGUAGCUUGCUGUGUGUUGCACAAUAUAUGUAUAAGGAGUCAAGAUUUAGGACAAGACUUAAGAGACGAAGAGGAAGAUAGUGAUGAUGAAAAUGAUAAUGAUGAUGGAAAUGAAGGCCCUGAUUCUGACAGUAGUGAUAGUGAUGAUGAUAAUGAAGAGGGUAAUCGAACACUUGCUGUCUUCAAGAAAAUGUAUCCGAGGGCCCCUGACCCUGCUAAUAGGCGUAGGUGUGCAGUUAAUGCAGACAACUGACUCCAUUUGUGCUUGAAAAAGGCCAUUUUUAAGAGUUAUGAAUGUGAUGCUUUAUCAGUAUUAAUUGGUGUAUUCGAAUAGCAUUAUUUUAGGAGACCUUUCUUGCUGCUAAUGGCUAUUUCUUUACUUCAUUUGUAUGUCAAUUGUAUUAGUGUCAGUGACACAAAAUAUAAAAAUCAAUCAAUUA